AUGGUUCUUCUAACGUCCUCCACGGUCUCGGCCAUCGUGUCGAUGGGAGUGAUCUGCAUAUUCACCGUGCUACUAUUCCUUUCAGGAUAUGUACUGCAACAACAGUCUGUCAAGAACAUUCAGUAUGCACUACGGCCUCAGGAUGAUACCUCAAUGGGGAAACAUGGGGCCCCGGGCUCCGCAUUCCAGAAGCCCGCUCAAAAGCGAGGGGUAUCAGAUCACUCGAACUCACCUGGAAACUAUGCCUAUCUCCAGCUCCUAUCUGAACCAGAUCCCUCAGAUAUUUGCUCUGCCAUUCUCUUCUUUAAACAACUGUCAACCAAUGGAACAGCAGUCCAGGAUCGUCUAUUCAUGUACCCACAACAGUGGGACAGAAUGUCACCCAAGAAACUGGGAAAAUCCGCCUCUGCGGCUCUAUCUAUCCUGCGUGCUGCCAGUACAAAAUAUGACAUCUGGCUACUUCCUAUCGACAUGUCCGCUGCCACAGCUGCGGGGUACUCAACGACAAAUAGCAAGCUGCUCCGUCUAGGUCAAAUCCAGUUCAUGCAGUAUGACAGUGUACUAUAUGUCCAAACACCAGGUCUCCUGUUAGAUACAGGCAAAUUGGAUGACAUGUUCCUUGCUCGGCCAUUACCCCUCCGCCAUGACAAGAACAGGCAAGAAUCGUUCAAUAACGAAGCUUGGAUCCCUAUGCCGCUUCGUGCCAACCGCGAUGAACCUCUUCCCUCAACAUAUCUAAUCACCGUUAACAAUAUCGAAGGUGGUAAUGUUGAAGCAAGAACCCAUAUUCCCAAUGUUGCCUUGCCUGGAUUUGGUGACCUCGUCGCUUCGCCCAAGCGUGCCGCAAGACUAGCUGAGAUCGGGGAGGAACCUGGUUAUGUUUCUUUUGACAGUGACCGGGAUGGGCGCGUCAAGUGGGCUGGUAAUCCUUAUUUCGGAACUUGGCGAUCUCAGCAAGCUGAAGUCUGCGACGGUAUAGAUUUUGACGAAAUAAUUCAUAACGGGAAAUGA